GCGAGGAACGAGGGGCUGCGGGGCGGGCGGGCGGGCGCGGAAGGCAGCUGGGCUUCCUGCCGGGCCUGCCCCUGGCCAGGUCCGCGCCCCCAAGCCCAGGUAGCUGUGCCGCGCCUGUUGGACGGCUCGCCCCGAGUCCAGCCGGAGGCCGCGCUGGCCGGGAGCAGCCAGCGUCCACCCGCCUCUCCGUUCCCCGCGUCCUGCCCCGCGCAGGAGCUGGACUCUAAAUGACCGGCACUCCGCGGGUGUCAGGCUUCAGCUCCAUCUUCCUAGCGUUGAUUCUGCAAGCGAACCUUCAUGCCAGCACUGCUAGCUUCCUCGAAGUGCAAGCUCAGUGUUAGGUGAAAACGAUUCCUUUGUGUCUCAGCAGUGCCUGAAUUUCUCCUACUCAACUAGCUCCACAAUCGUUCUUCUUUAACUUACCAGCUUUCUCUGUGCUUGAAACAUUUCAGGAAAGAGAAAAAAACCCCGUUUGCUGUGUGGAGAAUGGAUUGGGAAAGAGAAAGAAGACCACGUAGGAAACUGUUGCAGAAGCCCAGAGUACUUUCAAACCAGUGCCCAGGACCAACCAGAACACUCCCUGACCCAGGUGUCUGGAUGGAGACCUGAGCUGGUACAAGGAAGACGUACCUGGAAAUCACAGAGGAUAACAUGGAAAAGAAACCUCAGGAUGUCAGGAAAAGCCCCGCCCGCAGAGGAGUGCCCCCCGUCGUGGGGCUGCUGCUGGCCACGGUCAUCAUGAACGUACUCCUCUACCUCUGCCUCGAUCACUUUUUUAUUUCCUCUCAACGUUCCUCCGUGUACCCCAGUCACUGUCCCUAUGGUUACUUCAGAAUGGGACAGAUGAAAAACUGCUCACCGUGGCUGUCCUGUGAGGAGCUGAGGACAGAAGUGAGACAGCUGAAGCGUGUUGGGGAAGGAGCCGUGAAGAGAGUCUUUCUGUCGGAGUGGAAGGAACGCAAAGUCGCUCUCUCCCAGCUCACCAGUCUGGAGAUGAAAGAUGAUUUCCUCCACGGACUGCAGAUGCUGAAGUCUCUGCAGAGUAAACAUGUUGUCACACUGCUCGGCUACUGUGAGGAUGACAAUACUAUUCUCACUGAGUAUCACCCCUUAGGCUCCUUGAGCAGCCUGGAAGAAACCCUAAACCUUUCCAAGUACCGAAAUGUGAACACGUGGCAGCACAGGCUGCAGCUGGCCAUGGAUUACGUCGGCAUCAUCAACUACCUGCACCACAGCCCCCUGGGCACGCUGGUCAUGUGCGACUCCAGCGACCUGCCCAAGACACUGUCCCAGUACCUGCUGACAAGUAACUUCAGCAUUGUGGUGAACGACCUGGACGCCUUGCCCCUGGUGAACCGCAGCUCUGGGACGUUUGUGAAGUGUGGCCACAGGGAGCUUCACGGGGAUUUCGUGGCUCCAGAGCAGCUGUGGCCCUAUGGAGAGGACAUGCCUUUUCACGAUGACCUCAUGCCCUCGUAUGAUGAGAAGGUCGACAUCUGGAAGAUCCCAGACGUCGCCAGUUUUCUUUUGGGGCAUGUCGAAGGAAGUGAUAUGGUCCGAUUCCAUUUGUUUGAUAUUCAUAAGGCAUGUAAGAGCCAGACGCCUGCAGAGAGACCCACUGCUCAGGAUAUUCUGGACACUUACCAGAAGGUUUUGAAUUCACUCAGAGACACCACGAUGUCUCAGACAAGAGAAAUGCUAUAAAAAACGAGCCCAGCCAGUGAAGGAUGGGAUUUAAGGCACACGUGGACUAGCUGCAGCGGUUCUGCUCUGACGGUGAGCUUGUGCUGUUCAGCCACGUGGCUCUUCCUCUACAUCCAUGUACACACGUGACCGUUCUGCCUCUUCAACAACCUGGGUGGAAGCUGCUAAGCAAGAGCAAACCAGACUUGAUUCAAGUCUGGCUUCACUUUCUAACACUGGUGGCUCCCAGGUGAAGAUGCAGAGAAGCAGUGAGUCCAACCAGUAUCUGGAGGAAGUAACAAAAAUAUAGCUACGAAAAGGCUCCCCCUACCCUAAUAACUGAGUUGUAAGCUUGUAAGAAAUGUAGAUUUUUAAAUGGCAUUAUAUGAAAGAAUCAUAGAGUAGUUCUCCAAAGAACUGUUUUUUCCUCAAUUUUUUAGAUGGUAAUCAAUCUAUGUGGUCAUGGGAGUAUUUCUGGCCUGUUUCACAUGGUAUGGGCAAGGCCAUCUUUACUGUUUUAGAUGAUUGUUCUGUGAAGCUCCUUUGCCAGCCUUCCUCCCGUGAGCUAAAGGAGAAUUAUUAAAGCAUGCUCUUUGAAAUUUUGACUGGAUAAGGAAUAUUUAAAGCAGCAAGCAUAAAGGAAAUGAUAUGUGUUACUAGCUUGGAUGGUACUUGCGAAAUUCCUAUUUACCUUCCAGCUGAGUUUUCAAUAUCCAAAAUUAAUUCUUUUGAACAUUUUACAUCUACACUGUCAUUCAUUACUGGAAAAUGUCAAACCCUUCCACUCAAAUUGCACGAUUGAAUCCUUCAAAAAGCCCUUGGUCACUAUCAUCCUCAUUUGCAGGGGAUGAUGGAUUUGGUGCAUAUUAAUCAUCCCUAAUAAGGUGGUUAAAGCUGACAUGGGGCAGAAUCAUGGGAAUCACAGGGACCUGGGCCUCACUCCAGAGUCUGUGACUCAGUAGGGUCUGGGGUAGAGUCUGAGACUUUGCAUUUUCCAACUGGUUCCCAGGUGCUGCUGGUGCUGCUGGUCUGGGGACUACAUUUUGAGAACCACUGCCCCCAACUGUCAGGGAGGGCACCACAGGCAGUAGGCUAGACCUGUAUUAUCAUUAUUAUCCCCUAGUCUACCUGCCUCCUGUGGUUGACCGUGUACUAUGGUUGGUCAGAGCAUAUGCUUGCCCACAGUAUUUUAACUGUUGCUUUUGUUAUAAAAACACGACAGCCCCCUAGGAUGGCUGUAAUCAAAAGGACAGACAAUAAUAAGUAUUGACAAGGAUGUGGAGAAUUGGAACCCUCAUACAUUGCUGAUGGGAAUGUAAAAUGAUGCAGCUGCUUUGGA